UGUUCAGGCACCCGGGUUUGAGAGCCGUGUGGUCCUACAUAGCCUGGUUCAGAACGGGUGUUCUCAUCAGGAGGGAAACUUGCUUCACGGUUGUCCCGAGACAAACACGGCUACCAUGUCUGGCAUUGCUCUCAGUCGACUGGCACAGGAACGUAAAGCAUGGCGGAAAGACCAUCCUUUUGGCUUUGUUGCUGUGCCAACGAAAAAUCCAGAUGGAACGAUGAACUUGAUGAAUUGGGAAUGUGCCAUUCCAGGGAAGAAGGGGACUCCAUGGGAAGGAGGUCUGUUCAAACUGAGGAUGCUCUUCAAGGAUGACUACCCCUCGUCACCACCAAAGUGUAAGUUUGAGCCUCCGCUGUUCCAUCCGAAUGUAUAUCCCUCUGGCACAGUAUGUCUGUCUAUCCUGGAAGAGGACAAAGACUGGAGGCCUGCAAUCACCAUCAAACAGAUUCUUUUGGGAAUUCAGGAGCUUCUAAAUGAGCCUAAUAUCCAAGACCCAGCUCAGGCUGAAGCUUACACCAUAUACUGCCAGAACAGAGUGGAGUACGAGAAGAGAGUGCGAGCACAAGCCAAAAAGUUCUCCCCAUCAUAGGUGUGAGGGAAGAGGAUGCGUCAAUACAGAAGGAGGGAGUGAUGUGUCCACCAUGCGCGCGCCCCCCUCUCUCUUUCUUGCGCUCUUACCCCCUCCUCCUCCUCUUCUUGUCCUCUCCCCUUCUUUCUGAGCACACGUGUUCUGUACACACCUGGACUUCAAACUUCAAAUUUGAACACGCUCUGUGCCAUCCAACUGCAUCUUCCCGCCCGCCACCAAGAGCCCUUUGCCCUGGCCACCUCACCUCUCCUGGCGCCCCCACACCCCCCAUUCAGACGGUCUUGCUAUCUAGCUUUUUGUUCAUCCUCUGUUAUUCCCGCCUCCUUCAUCGUUCUCCACCAGUGUCAUGUCAAAAUGGAAUCUCCCAGAAUGCCCGGCAGUGACAUGACCCACCACCCCCCUCUCCGCGCCCCGCCCCCCCUCCUACCGGUGCUUUCACCUCCGGCCAAACAUAACCAGAAAACUCCUGUAUAUUGCAGUUGACCUCGUGACUAUAUUUUGAGUUUGACUCUUAAAAAAAGAAGAAAAAAAAGCUGUAUGAAUGUGGGCGUGAAAGUUUUAAUGUAAGUGCGUGCAUGAUUCCAACCCCAUCUCCCUCUUAAUUUUUUUUCUGUGUAUGCACAUGUUUUCGUAUCUUUAGUUUUUUUGUUUGUGUUUUUUUUUUUCCUUUUUUUUCUUUUUUAUAUAUAUAUUAAAGAAAAUGCUUUCCUUGGAGGGAAAUGGCACCUUUGCCUUAGAGUCCCUCCACCAGCCCCCUUCCCCCACCCAUUUCCUCUUUUAAAUAAAAUAAAAAAAACUGAGUAUUUCAUCACAGGACCGAAAAAGAAAAAAAAUCAGAUGACAGUACACUCCUGUCUUGUACACCUGUGCUCUUCAUUUUCGUUUUAGUGUUUGUUCGUCAUUGAGUUUGUUGCAAAUGAUGGGAACAUUAGGCCAUGCACUCUACCUGUUCAAGUGCUUAGUCAAAAUAAAGCUCUUUCUACAAAAGUG